UUAUAAAGCCACCAACACUCUUCGCUCUCCCUCUCCUUCUCUCUUUUUCUCGUUAGUGCAAGGAGGCUUUAAAAAGAGGAGCAGAGGCUCUUAUUAUCUCCCCGAUCACUGGAACACUGAUGUCGCUACAAACGCUCGAGCGAAGCUCUCCUUCUCCACAAGAAUCCAUCAGCGAAAGUGAAGAUCAAGGAUCUCUCUCCAGUUAUGAAGGAUUCGUCUGCAGAGAAGGUUGCGCAAUAUGUCUCACGCCAAGACCAGGAGCCAGCGUUGGAAAACACAAAGGAUCACUUCGUAUCAUGAAUCAUUUGAGAAAACUCAAUAAACUAAUGCGACCACAAGAUGCAAUUCGAUUGGGAGUUGAAUUAGAAAGGUGUACUGUGAGACCAGUAACUAGGUACAUGGUUGUCAUAUCGACCCAGGGAGUGCAGGAUACUGAGGAAACCAUUGUACUAGGAACUGAACAAUCUGCAGACGUUAUCAAGAUUUGUCUGGUCCUGCCCCUAUGGAGGAACACUGAGAUUAAACUGGAUGGUGAUGGCGGUUUCAGUGUCCAUUGUCAGGACAAGCACCACAUGUUAAAGCCACUCUCCGUCCAAAGCAUGUGGACUGCACUCCAGUUCCUGUUCAAGGCUACAGAGCAGGCCAGGUCUUAUAAUUACUAUGAUGGAGGACUCUCACACACUUGGAUGACUUUUUACCAGGCACAACUCACUGACGAUGGAAUAGCUUUAAACGAAUGGAGACUUCAAGGCUCUUUAUUAUCAUUCCGUCCAGAUUCCCCAAUAUACUAUGACGUUAAAGGUCUUGCUGACUGGACACAACUAGAUGCAGAGAAAAGAGCUUUCAAAGAUACAUUAAUACAAAAACUCCGAGAUGUUAUGUUACACUUGGAUCUUGACACAGCCUCAAGCCGUCAGAUCAGGCAGCAGCUGGAGAAUGAGAUGAUGAUGAACCUGAAGGAGUACCGCGGGUUCCUCGACCAGCAAAUGUUGUACAUUGUCGGGCAACUGGAGGAACCCUCUAAAAUACAUGAAUACCUUUAUCUUGGUACUGAGUGGAAUGCAUCUAAUUUACUUGAACUGAAGGAGAUGGGUGUGGAGUACAUUUUGAAUAUGACAAAAGAGAUUGACAACUUUUAUCCAGAGUCAUUCAAAUACAAAACAAUAAGAGUGUAUGAUCUCCCUGAGAGUGAGUUACUGAAGCAUUGGGAUGACACUUACAAGUUUAUCAAAGAAGUCAAAGAAAGAAAGUCUAAGCUGUUAGUUCACUGUAAGAUGGGCAUCAGUAGAUCAGCAGCUACUGUCAUAGCUUACACUAUGAAGGAGUAUCGGAUGUCACUGGAAGAUGCUCUCUCCUUUGUCAGGUCCCAAAGGUCUUGCAUUAAACCCAAUCACGGGUUCAUGUCACAACUCAAAGCUUACGAAGGAAUUUUGAAAGCCAGAUACAAUGAUCUCUUUGGUACUCAGGCUCCAAGUCGCAUUACAUUUCAAUCUCGCUCAAGCUCAGAUCCUAACAUCAGACAGAGACUCUUCGUUAACGAGGAGGAGCUUGAAAUACAAUUAGCAGAUGGGGAGAGAGGACAGGAGACACCUCAGGACGCCCAUGAACAUAACGAGGUUGAAGACGAACCUCCUCAAAUGCGUCCAGUCUCAGCUGGAACCCACCCUCCUUUAAACUCAACUAAGACGAGUCCGCUACAAAUCCCCCUGGUACUUGAGUCCCGAGUCCAUCAGUCCCUCCCUCCAGAGAAAGCCGAGGGAAUGAUGAAUUACUUAGAGUCCCUUGAUACUCACCAUAUUGAGGACGAGAGGGACCUUGGUAUCAAUGAUCCGUCUUCCUCUGAAAGUGAAUCACCAUUCUCUUCUCCUCCUUUCACUCCUCCUGAUGAAGAUGGAAUGACUUUCCAGCGCUACACGUCAACCAUUAAAUCAAUGAGAAAGACAGAGACUAGCCAUAACUCCUCUGACGUGUUGGCUGCCUCUACCCUCUCUCCUAAUGAUUCUGUUCACAGCCGAGUUGCUAGGGCAACCAGUUUACCCUCGUCCCUUCGACCAUCGUCCGCUUCCGAGAGAUCGUAUCCUAGCAACCAGUUGAGCCCUUCGAAACGAAGUUUGACAUCACAAGAAAAGUUAAAUGAGGUUGGGGAGGAGGAGGUGGGCGGGGCUGAUAUGGAGGUGGGCGGAGACAAGGGUGAGGGAAAGGAGCAGAUUAACCCGACACUUAUUACAAGCGUGACCAAUCGAAUUAAAGAAAUUGAGAAAAUGAAUAACAGACCAUCUAGUGCUGGUAAGCGGAGCAAUCUAAGUCGCGCCUCCUCCGAAGAAUCCUUACCUUCAUGUCAAUCAAGAGACGUACAUGUACAUGUAUCGGACGUACAUGAAACCACGCCCUCUCCGAUACAAACAGAACAACCGAUAGUCAACGAGUCAUCAAACACUACAGAAGUGUUGGCUAAGGAGGUUGUGGGUGGAGCUGAUAUAUCUACUUGUGAUUCUCCUAAUACUAGAUACCAAAGAGCAACAAAAGCUGCUUCAAUGCUCGGACAGAAACGCUCAGCACUAUCAAGCCCUGAGGCUAAUAACCCACCAACAGGAGGCGGAGCUGUUAAUGCUAUCAGUGAUGAAGGAGCUGUACCUCAAGAAAGAGAAGGAGGGGAGGGAAGCAAGGGGGUACGUGAACUACUGGGCGUGUUUGAUAAGCAAUCAUCUACCAAAGGAGGAGGAGGAGAAUUGAAGCGGACGUCAUCACUUCGUGGCUCUACUGAUGUAGUACAUCUUUUAUCACACAAGAGAGGGGCAUCAAUUGGAGAUAUUUAAUGGAUGGAUUCUCUCUCUGGUGGCAGUUAUUAUUAUUUUUGUUGUUUUUUUCUUGUGUUUCAUAUUAAUCCUGUAACAUUUAAUUGACACAAUUCAUUUCUUAAUUUUUCUCUUUCUCUCGUUUUAUUUAUUACUUCGUGUGUUUGCUGCACGUGUUUUAAGAAUACGGAAUUUUAAAGUUUGGAUUU